AUGCCAAUAUGUCUCCUCGCCGCAAUCUACGGCCAUGCCCUCCCCUUCUGCGUCUUCGAUGACAUUCUUUGCGUAGAUGUCGAUAAUCUCCCCUCAGCGGACCACCUCUUCAGACUAGCUUGGAUAUCCGCCCUCUCCGAGUUCCACACCCCGUCCCUCGCCACCGUACAAACGAUGCUUCUUAUGAUCCAGCGGCGGCCAACGAACAAGCACGUUGCCGAUACGCCGUUCAAGUGGACCAUGCUCGCGGACACUGUGGCGCUUGCCCAGUGUCUGGGGCUUAAUCUGGAUCCGUCGGAUUGGGCGGUUCCGAGCUGGGAGAAGAGGUUGCGGCGGAGGCUUGCUUGGGCGGUGUAUGUCCAGGACAGGUGGCUGAGCCUCAACUUUGGCAGGAGUUCGCACAUUCAGGAGUGCGACUGGGAUGUCUCACAACUUGGGCCGGAUGAUUUUGGUGAUUCUCUCGAAACAACUUUCGAAGUUGCCCGGCCCUUAAGGAUUGAGCUUGCAGAAUGGCUGCAAACCCGACCCGACGUAGGGGAACAGCCCUCGGCAUCUCUGCCAGAAUGCGGCCUAGACGGAAACGGUAGUCUGAAGCUCGCUUAUAUCACUGCAAAGAUUGCUGUUUUCAAAGCCCUUCUUCGACCCAAAAGCAUCGAAGUCCCGACCGAGGCCCGCACGGCGUUGCGCACCGGCUCAAUGACUAUCGCCCGAGAGAUGCACGACUUUCUCGCGAAACUAGAGGCUCAUCAUCUCGAAGCUUUCUGGCAUUCAUAUUCCCGCGUCAACUUUGCCAUUGCGAGCAACUUUAUCGUCUUGCUGUUCGCUCUUUCUCCGACACUAUCGGAAGCUGAAGACGCCCUUGCUCUUUUGAUUCAAUGGAGGGGCCUAUUGCGGAUCAAGUCGAGAAGCUGCGACUUAUUGAACUUGAGCCUGUUGAGACUUGAUGCCAUCUUCGUGGCUGGACUGGGCAAGCUGAUUGAAUUAACACCCGCAGCAGCCGAGGCAGCUCUGAAUCGGGGCUUGUAA